CGCCGACUAGAUCAAGCAAGACAAUGGCCGAGAAGGAGUGCACCGCGAAAGUGACCGAGGGCCCUGUGCUCGGCAAGUCCGGCAAGAAGAUUUGCUGUUCAUGUCCGACUACCAAGCAGGCACGCGACCUGUGCAUCGUUAAUAACGGCCAGGACAAGUGCAAGGACAUCAUUGAGGCCCACAAGGCCUGCCUGCGCAGCGAAGGCUUCACGAUCAAGUAAGCGGCAACUGCAUAGCACAAUCAGCAACGCGCAGACAUUCUGCUGCACGUAUAUAUGAAGGACACGCGAGCGACAACAGCGUUAAUAAAUGCAACAGAGCGACUGCCACUCGUGAUUAAAAACACGAAAGUCUUGUUGUGUCGGUUA